AUGAGCUCCACGCCGUUCGAGCUGUCCAUCGACACGCUGGACGCGUGGUGCGAAAAGCUUCUGGGCUGCAAUCCACUGACGGAGAACGAAGUGAUGCAGCUGUGCUCCAAGGCCAAGGAGGUGCUGGUACAGGAAUCCAACGUGCAGCCCGUGCGCUGCCCCGUAACGGUUUGCGGUGACGUGCACGGCCAGUUCCACGAUCUCAUGGAGCUCUUCCGCAUCGGCGGCCACGCACCGGACACCAACUAUCUAUUUAUGGGGGAUUACGUGGACAGAGGCUACUACAGCGUGGAGACGGUGACGCUGCUCGUGUGCCUUAAGGUGCGCUACAAGGAUCGCAUCUUCAUCCUGCGCGGUAACCACGAGAGUCGCCAGAUUACGCAGGUCUACGGCUUCUACGACGAGUGUCUGCGUAAAUACGGCAGUCCGAAUGUCUGGCGCUACUUCACGGACGUCUUUGACUACCUGCCGCUCACUGCGGUCGUCGAGAACCAGAUCUUCUGUCUGCAUGGAGGCCUCUCUCCGUCUAUUGACACGCUCGACUACAUUCGAGGGUUCGACCGACUGCAGGAGGUUCCUCAUGAAGGAGCAAUGUGUGAUCUACUGUGGUCCGACCCAGACGAUCGCUCUGGAUGGGGGAUCUCGCCUCGAGGAGCGGGGUACACUUUCGGACAAGAUAUCUCGGACCAGUUCAAUCAUGCCAAUGGACUCACACUCAUCGCCAGAGCUCAUCAGCUGGUUAUGGAAGGAUACAAUUGGUCGCACAAAUGCAAUGUCGUGACCAUCUUCAGCGCGCCCAAUUACUGUUACCGCUGUGGUAAUGAAGCCGCCAUCAUGGAGGUGGACGAGCAGAUGCAGUACACAUUCUUACAGUUCGAUCCUGCGCCGCGUCGUGGAGAACCUCAUGUGUCUCGUCGGACCCCCGACUACUUUCUGUAG